UUUCUUAACUUGGGGGUGCCCCGGCAUCCUUCUCCUAGUCCAUCUUCUUCUACAACACAAAUACAUUAAUUAUUUAAGGUAGGAGCGGCAUGAUGAGAGUGGCGGUGGUUGGUGCGGGGAUAAGUGGGUUGGUGUCAGCAUACGUAUUGACAAAAGCUGGCGGGGUGGAUGUGGUGUUGUACGACAAGGAAGACUACCUCGGUGGUCAUGCCAGAACCGUCACCGUCGACGACCACCACCUUGAUUUGGACCUCGGUUUCAUGGUCUUCAAUAGGGUGACAUAUCCGAACAUGAUGGAGUUAUUUGAGACGCUUGGAGUGGAUACUGAGAUUUCUGAUAUGUCCUUCUCUGUGAGCUUGGAACAAGGGAAUGGUUGUGAAUGGGGCAGUCGAAAUGGUUUAUCAGGUUUAUUUGCACAGAAAAGGAAUGUUCUAAAUCCUUACUUCUGGCGGAUGAUUCGAGAGAUUACCAAGUUUAAAGAUGAUGUUUUGAGGUACCUCGAAGACGUUGAACACAACCAAGAUAUUAGCUGCAACCAAACAUUGGGGGACUUCAUCAAAUCACAUGGUUACUCUGAAUUGUUUCAAAAGGCUUAUCUUGUUCCAAUAUGCUCCUCCAUUUGGUCCUGCCCUGCACAAGGAGUUAUGACCUUCUCUGCUCUUUCUGUUCUCUCAUUUUGCCGCAAUCACCAUCUACUUCAGCUUUUUGGUCGCCCCCAGUGGUUUACUGUAAGAUGGCGUUCACAGGCUUAUGUAAAAAAGGUGAAAGAAGUACUGGAAAGUAGAGGCUGCCAAAUAAGAACAAGUUGUGCUGUUCAGUCUAUCUCAAACUUAUCCAAUGACGCAGCAGGUUGUUUAGUAGUGUGUGAAGAUGGAUCUGAAGAAAGAUAUUCGGGGUGCAUAAUAGCCACACAUGCACCGGAUACCCUCAUGAUGUUAGGAGAAGAAGCUACUCAUGAGGAAACAAGAAUACUUGGGUCUUUUAAUUAUGUCUAUAGUGAUAUAUUUCUACAUCGUGACAAAAGUCUAAUGCCCCGAAACACAUCAGCUUGGAGCGCAUGGAACUUUCUUGGAACAGUCGACAACAAAGCUUGCUUAACCUACUGGUUAAAUGUACUUCAGAACAUUGAUAACAAUGGGCUCCCAUAUCUGGUUACAUUGAACCCACCCCGAACACCCGAAAAUACGAUGCUUAAGUGGACAACUGGGCAUCCGGUCCCAUCAGUCACUGCAUCCAAGGCUUCACUUGAGCUUCCUCAGAUUCAAGGGAAGAGAGGAAUCUGGUUCUGUGGGGCAUACCAAGGUUACGGUUUCCAUGAGGAUGGACUAAAGGCUGGCAUGAUUGCUGCAAACAGUGUGCUUAAUACGAGAUGUGAAAUUCUCAACGACCCUAAACAUAUGGUACCCUCUUUGAUGGAAACAGGUGCACGGUUCUUUGUUGCCCGGUUCCUUCAGAAUUAUAUUGCUAUGGGCAGUUUGAUUUUAUUAGAAGAAGGAGGUACCAUGUUCACCUUUGAAGGGACCAGAAAGAAGACCCCUUUAAAAGUUUAUUUGAAAGUUCACAAUCCCCAAUUUUAUUGGAAGAUUGUUACAGAAGCUGACUUAGGUCUCGCUGAUGCGUACAUAAACGGAGACUUCUCCCUUGUUGAUAAAAAACGGGGCAUUAUAGAUAUGUUCAUGAUUUUCAUUCUUAACAGAGAUUUAGAAAGUUCUGCCUCCAGCUCCAGCAAGAGAGGCUGGUGGACACCGAUUUUUUUAACAGCUGGAGUGGCAUCUGCCAAAUAUUUCUAUCAUCAUAUUUCAAGGCAUAAUUCUCUUACUCAAGUACGUAGGAACAUAUCUCGCCACUAUGACCUGAGCAACGAACUAUUUGCCCUUUUCUUGGACGAGACCAUGACAUAUUCUUGUGCAAUAUUCAAGAGUGAAGACGAAGACUUGAAAACAGCACAGAUGAGAAAGAUUUCUUCGUUAAUUGAAAAAGCAAGAGUUGAUAAAAACCAUAAAGUUCUUGAGAUAGGAUGUGGUUGGGGAACUUUAGCUAUUGAAUUAGUGAAACGAACAGGAUGUAAAUACACCGGAAUCACCUUAUCUGAAGAGCAACUCAGAUAUGCAGAAACGAAAGUGAAGGAAGCCGGCCUACAAGACCAAAUCAGAUUUCUACUGUCCGACUAUAGGCAAUUACCAGAAACUUACAAAUAUGAUAGAAUAAUAUCCUGCGAAAUGCUAGAAGCGGUUGGACACGAAUACAUGGAAGAGUUCUUUGGGUGUUGUGAAUCGGUACUGGCAGAAAAUGGACUAUUUGUCUUGCAGUUCAUAUCAAUCCCUGAUGGGAGGUAUGAUGAGUACAGGCGGAGCUCAGACUUUAUAAAAGAAUACAUAUUUCCUGGAGGAUGUUUACCUUCACUUAGCAGAGUAACAACAGCCAUGGCCUCCUCAUCCAGGCUCUGUGUAGAGCAAGUGGAAAAUAUAGGGAUACAUUAUUAUCAAACACUCAGAUAUUGGAGAACAAACUUCAUGGAAAAGCAAAGCAACAUACUUGAUUUGGGGUUCGACCAAAAAUUCAUUCGCACCUGGGAGUAUUACUUUGAUUACUGUGCUGCUGGUUUUAAGACCCACACACUUGGUAACUAUCAGGUUGUGUUCUCAAGGCCAGGAAACACUGCUGCACUAAAAGAUCCUUACAAGGGCAUUACCUCGGCCUACUGUUUGAAUUGAAUGUAAUCUUCACCUGCACUUCAAAAUUCUUACUAGGGCAUCAUCUUGGCCUAUUUUUAAAUUGAAUGUAAUCUUCAUCUGCAUCAAGAUCUUGUACUUACAAAGGCAGCUUAUUAUUGUCUAGACUUCAUCUC